CUGAGACCAACAACAAAUAUGCCUCUCUCUACAAAUAAUGAUUGUUAUGAGCAUUACUUUUCCAAAUAUGCCUCUCUCUACAAAUAAUGAUUGUCUCUGAGACCAUUCCGCCAUUCUUGUAUCUUUUGGUGCUUGUAUCAGCUGCUCGUGCCAUCGAGUAUAUUUUAUGAGAAGGCUUUUGUAGCUGCUAACAAGGAAAGAAGGGAAACAAAAGACAACGACAAUCCCUUCCUUUUAAUGGGUUAAAAAAAGGCAAUAAGGUAAAUGUAGAUUUUUAUUCUAAAUCCCAAACCAUUAAAUCCAUGAUCAAAAUGAAGAAACAAACAAAGGAUUUUUUCAAAUCAAUAAUGCGCCAAAUCCCAAAUAAAACCUUAGGUUUUUAAAUCCCACAUUUAAGUAAAAACCCUCAUUUUACAAUCCUUGAAGCAAUCACUGAAAAAGUCAAAUGAUUUUUUUUGACAUUUCUACCUUUCUGCUUAGCCUUUACACAGAAAAUCUAACAACACCUGUCGUUCGAAUUGAAGAGCCAUUCGACGAUCCCUCACAAUAACAUUUGAAAUACAUGUACAAAGAUAGAAUGAGAACGGGAAGAUGAUGAGCCAUAAAUUGCAUUAACCUCAAAAUCAAGAAGAACCACACCAAAUUGAUGAGCACUGCCGCAUGCAAUGACUGUUAGAGUGUGGUAUAAGAUCCAAUAUAACCUUCUCCCAACAACUCGAGUUAUUGGGACUAAAUGGUUUAUGACAUGGUAUUAGAGUUGGUUUGACCAAGUGGUCGUGGAGAUUCUCCCAAUAUUAACAGUUAAUUAAAGCAUAAGGUAUGGUAAGCCUGUGCAAACUUCAAGCCCGUGAGUUGGCUUUCGUUUGAGGAGGCGUAUUAGAAUGUGGUAUAAGAUCCAAUAUAACCUUCUCCCAACAACUCGAGUUAAAUGUUGAGAACUUGAUCUAGAAAAUUGAUCUAGAAAAUUUCAGUUUUGCCCCUUGUUUUGACUCAAAAUUGAAAACUUAAAUAACAAAAAGUCAACUAGAUGAUUGUGUACAUCUGAAGUGGAGAGAUCCCCUGCCACAAGGAAAUUACGCAUGCCAUGACUUCACCACCUUAUCAUUCUCAAUGUUCAAUCAAUAUUCAAUAGUAUAGUACCCUUCCUCUCCAAACCAAACCAUAAAGACCAAAGGUGAAAAAGUCAAUCAAUCAACUUCACAUCGGGUCCUCGAUGGUGGCCGGUGCAACAAACACUCUCAUAUUCUUCCUUCCGUUCAGAAAAUAUGAAUCUUCUUCACCCUCUUCUUCUCCCUCUGCUCGCCGUCGCCGCUUGCUUCCUCCUGAUCAAAUUCGUCUACUCCGCCAUCUGGCUUCCCUUCGCGAUCCAGCGCCACUUCAAAACCCAAGGAAUUUCCGGCCCGGCGUACCGCCCAAUCACCGGUAACUCCGCCGAGAUCCGCGCCCUCUUCGCUCGAGCAGCUCAAUCCAAGCCCCGGUCAACGCCGGCUGCGGCACCGGGAUUCCACCACCGCGAUGUCGUCGCCAGGGUGUCCCCAUUUUACCACGAGUGGUCGCGCGCGUACGGGAAGACUUUUUUGUACUGGUUUGGGCUCAAGCCCAGAUUGGCCAUAACGGGCCCGGACAUGGUCAAGAAGGUGUUGUUGAACACGUGCGGGUCGUUUGGGAAAGUACCGUUCGACCCGAUGUCCAAGUUGCUCUUCGGGGAAGGGCUCGUUGGGCUCGAGGGCGAUAAAUGGGCCCUUCAUAGACGGAUCACAAACCAGGCCUUCAACAUGGAGAGAGUUAAGGAAUGGGUGCCGGAGAUCGUAUCCAGCGCCGGGAAAGUGCUGGAUAAAUGGGAGGAGAUGAGAGGAGAAAGGGAAGAGUUCGAGAUCGACGUCCACAAAGAAGCCCACAAUCUGUCGGCCGAUAUCAUCUCCAGAACUGCCUUCGGUAGCAGCUUCGAAGAAGGGAAGCGAAUCUUCGCUCUCCAGGACCAGCAGCUGCAUCUCGUUUCUCUUGCCCUAAGAAGCGUCUACGUUCCAGGGUUCAGGUUCUUGCCCACGAGGAGGAACAGGGAGAGGUGGAGAUUGGAGAAGGAAACUCGGGACUCGAUUAGGGUUUUGAUUCAGGGGAACAGCAGGGGAUUGGGGAAUUCCAGAAAUCUGCUUGCUUUGCUGACGUCUUCGUGCAGGAAUCAGGAUGGCGGGAAGGAAGAGGAGAAGAUUGGGGUGGACGAUGUGAUCGACGAAUGCAAGACGUUUUACUUUGCUGGGAAAGAGACUACUGCUCAUCUAUUGACUUUUGCUCUGCUUCUGUUGGCUAAUCAUCUAGAAUGGCAGGAGAAGCUUCGGGAGGAAUUGUUUCGUGUAUGUGGAAGAAGGGAUGAACCUCUUGCUGCAGAGAAUCUGAGGGACCUUAAGUUUUUGAGUUUGAUAAUCAACGAAACUCUAAGAAUGUACUCUCCGUCCGUGUUGAUAAUGAGGGAGGCCACCAAGAAAGUCAAGCUGGGCAGCCUGGAAGUUCCUAAAGGAACACAACUCUAUAUCCCUGUGGUAGCUGUUCACUACGACCCUGAAAUAUGGGGAGAAGAUGCUCACGAGUUCAAUCCUUUGCGGUUCAACGAGCCUCGGAAGCACAUGGCUUCGUUCUUCCCCUUUGGAAUCGGUCCCAGGAUCUGCGUGGGUCAGAAUUUAGCCAUCGUUGAAGCCAAGAUCGUGCUGGCUACCAUCGUCAGGAACUACUCUUUCGUAUUGUCCCCAACUUACGUUCAUGCCCCAAUGCUCUUGCUCAGCUUGCAGCCUCAGUACGGCGCUCAGAUUGUGUUCAGAAAGAUUUCUGGAAAUGAAAACACAUAGGCAAGUGUUGACAGAUGGUUCCUUGAUCAUCACAGUAAUGUAUGAUUGUAAUCUUUGUAAAGAUCAUUCGCAUUCUGGACAACGAAAAACAUCUGUAGUAAUCAUAACAUUGCAUCGAAAGUUCGUCGACAUUCGAGUAAAGAUGGAACAUGGUU